UAAUCCUAUAUCCUCACCUCUUAUUAGCUUAAACGUACGCCGCGUAAAUUAGAGAAAAAGACCACACCUCUCUUCUUUAUAUAACCCCAAAAUUAGCCAUGUAAUUAUCACUCGUACAUUUAUUAAAAUUGUGAGCAAAUCUCUCUUUAAUCCUACCAUUUUUCAAAUUUGUGGAUAUUCAUUCGAUAUGUUUUUCCUAUAAAUACCUUCAAAAUUUACUUCACAUUUUAUUAUUUUGGCUUUUCUUCUCUCGAAAAACAAACCAUGCUCUAUAAAUCUAUAAUCUCACUUCAUGUUACUUUGUCUCUCUGUUUUUCCUUCCAAUGUGAGAUAAAUCAACAACCCUUUUAAAUAAGAAACACAAACACCCCAUUUCAAUUAAUUUUUUUCCCUUUGAAAUCUUCAUUUCUUUCUUUUAACAAAAAGAUUUUUUUUUUUCUUUCUUUUUCUUCAACCUAUAAAUUGAGGAGUUAAACCUGAUUUUUUGGAACAUUAGUCCCCAAUUUACACGUUUUUUUCAUUUUUCAUAAUUAAUUUUCUUUAAAAUAAAAUCUACUCCCUUUUAUUUUCUAUUAAUUGCGUAUUUCAUCAUCUGGGUAUUACUGAUAAAUCUGAAAUUAGUUAUUUUGUUAUUUGGGUAUUGUCAAAAAUCUAAAAUUUUUAACUGGGUAUUGCUCAAAACAUUCAAUCUUUUUUAAUAAUAAAAUAAAAAAAUACAUAUAAUAAUGGGGAAGGGUUUAGAAGGAUGGUCAGUGAGGCAUUUAUUAAUGGUGUCAGUAGCUUUGAAUGUAUGGUUAGUGCUAAAGUUAGCGUAUUAUGAUGGAAAUACCAAUUUUGCUACUGAAAGGAUCUUUAAUGGAUUUUGUGCACAUGAAAAGCUUCAUAAACAAGCUCCUUUUACUUCUUCUUCUUCAUCUUCUUCAUUGGCGGUUGCUGUAGGAGAGAAGAAAGCUAUUACUGUUGAUGAUGGAAGAGUUAUUAACCUUGAUCAUGGUGAUCCGACAAUGUAUGAAAGGUAUUGGCAACAAGCGGGAGACAAAACAUCACUUUUGAUCUCAGGAUGGCAUUCUAUGAGUUAUUUUUCUGAUGUCAAGAACCUUUGUUGGUUUCUUGAACCACAAUUCGCAAAGGAGGUUAUACGAUUGCAUGAUAUUGUAGGAAAUGCUGUCACAAUGGACCGGCACAUUGUGGUUGGCACUGGCUCAACACAGCUGUUCCAGGCUGCAUUGUAUGCUCUCUCAUCACCUGGAGGGACAAAGCCUAUAAGUGUGGUUUCUUCUACACCAUACUACUCUUUUUACCGCCAAGUGGUCGAGUAUCUGAAAUCUGGGCUCUACACAUGGGCUGGUGAUGCAGCCAUUUUCGAUAAAGAUGAGCCUUACAUUGAGCUGAUCACUUCUCCUAACAAUCCUGAUGGGUUUAUUAGACAACCUAUUGUCAAUCGAAGUGGAGGGAUGUUGAUUCAUGACUUUGCUUAUUACUGGCCACAGUACACUCCUAUCACUUCACCAGCUGAUCACGAGAUUAUGUUGUUCACCGUCUCUAAAACCACUGGACACGCUGGAAUGCGUAUUGGCUGGGCUAUUGUCAAGGAUAAAGAAGUAGCUAAAAGAAUGACGAAGUUCAUAGAGUUAAACAGCAUAGGAGUUUCCAAGGAUUCACAGCUUCGAGCAGCAAAAAUUUUGCAGGCUGUCUCUGAUAGCUGUGAGCCUGCUAGUGAUAGCCGGAACUUUUUUGAGAACAGCUAUCAUCAUGUAGCACAUAGAUGGCAGCAGUUGAGAAAGGCAGUGGAAGAGAGCAGGCUUUUCAGUACUCCUGAGUUUCCUACUGGUUUCUGCAAUUACACUGGUCGAUUGUUUAGUACUCAACCUGCCUUUGCAUGGUUGAAGUGCAAAGAUGAGAUUGAAAAUUGUGAAGACUUUCUCCGAAGCCACAAGAUUUUGACAAGAAGUGGAAAACAUUUCGGCAUGAGCCUCAAAUAUGUGAGGAUAAGCAUGUUAGACCGAGACUCAAAUUUUGAUCUAUUUAUUAAGAGGUUGUCAGAAAUGCGCUUAUGAAUCUGAGGAAUGAUUUCCAGGGAGAGGAAGAGAAGAAUCUCCAGACUUUGUAUAUUAGCAAAAAUUGACCUUCAAGAACACUUUCUAACAUGUAUCUUUGUUUUAGGGCUGUUAAGCCUUGAAACUCAUAUAGCUUCUAGUAAAGUUAUAAUAUUCCUAGAGAGAUUUAUUUAGGUACAUGGGAUAAGAGAAAAUGUAGGUUGUAGGAGUGUACUGGAUUGGAUUGUGAGUUUAUACUUUUUGAACUGCAGUAAACAGAAAUCUGCAGGAUGAAUAUACACAAAUAAUUGCAUGUCAUAGAUAAGGCGGCAUAUAUUCCAUUA